AUGGAGGUUCUCAACCAACGCUCGGCGCUGCUUUCCAACUACGAGGUUCUUUGGCUCCUAAAGGAACUCGAGAGCGACCAUCUCGCCCGGACUAAAACUGCACACCGCAUCAAAAAGGAGGAGGAGGCCGCUGGGCUCCCACCAAAACACCAGCCACAUACGGAUGACGUCUCGGAGAACUUGAGGACUGUAGAAGUCGAGGCCAUCUCGUAUCUGUCUGCAGACUAUCAACCCUCAGUAUCACAGACCGCAGAGGGCAUCUCCCAGCUCACCCGCACGCUCGGGCAGUGGGAUCUGACGAAAGCCGAGAAGCUGCAGAUCGUGAACCUCGCACCCACGGAACCUGUUGAGCUCUACGUUAUAGUGGAAGAGCUCGAAGACCGCUACGGUGAUCAAAUGGAGGAUAUCUUGACCGCCGUCAAGACUUCGCUGAAGGACACCUCCCCCGCUGUCAACGGCGCGUCCGAGGCUGCUCAGUCGGCGCAAGCGGAGGCCACCUUCACGGAAUACGCAGAAGACUACGCACAGGAUGCCGAACACUGGGACUAUAAUGCGAAUGAAGUGGUGUUUGAUGACACAGGGGAGGGUGCGGGCAUAGAGGGAGACCUGGACGUCGAUGAUGAUUCAUAG